AUGGCUUGGAAGACUUCAAUGAGUACAUUCAUCGGCGAACGAGUUCACACAAUCACCUUGAUUGUCAUGUCGACCGCUGCUCUCAGUCCAAAAGAGUAUGCACAACCAUCAAAAUCAACCUGUCGACCGCUGCUCUCAGUCCAAAAGAGUAUGCACUACCAUCAAAUUCAACCUGUCGACCGCUGCGCUCAGUCCAAAAGAGUAUGCACAACCAUCAAAGUCAACCUGUCGACCGCUGCUCUCAGUCAAACAGAGUAUGCUCAACACCCUGAACUCAACCUGUCGACCGCUGCUCUCAGUCAAACAAGAGUAUGCACCACCAGCCGAACUCAACCUGAAGUCUAUCAGAAUGUGAAAGUUACUCAAUGUCUUCCGUCACGCUACUCUCAGUCAACCAGAGUAUGCACGACAAGCCAAUCUCAAGCUGAAGUCAAGAAAUGCGACAUUCUUCAAAAUUUGCCAACCACUGCUCUCGCUCCAAUAGAGCAUAUUGCAUUCAAGCCGAGCUCGACCCGAAGUCACCCAAACACUCAAGGUCCUCAAGACCUACUGGCGACCACUCCAACGGAGCAUCCAAAGCUCAAGCUGUCUUCAACCAAGAUUCGUCAUGGGUUCCAAGUCCCUGAGAUCUCCUGUGAUCAUCGCUCUUCAUCAAACAGGGCAUCAACAACCUUACCCACUGUGUUCAGCCUGGACUCCAUCAAGAUUUCAAGACCACCAAAUCAAAUCAAAACCUAUCAAAUUCAAGGUUCUCGAAAGCUGUCGACUGCUGCUGUCACUUCAUCAGAGCAGGUACGAAUUGAACGGUGCCAACCUGACAACCCUCAAACUCAAGGUCCUCGAGACCUUCUGUCGACUGCUGCUCUCGUUCUAUGA